AUGCCACUCAAACAAUCUCGUCCGACGUCAGUCCAGCUCGAGAUCGACCAGCUCAUCGAAGACAAUCUCGAUAUCGAAAUCAAGCCCACCAUCAAGUCCAAUUUAGACAUCACAGAAGAAGAUCUUUUAAAAGAUAUCAAACCCUCCCUCAUAGACAAUUCUACACCAUCACCAGCUAGGAAGAGAUCGAAAUCCAAUACGAAUAGCAAUACUACAAAAUCUACUCCGAAGAACAAGACAAAGACGAAUACUUCCGCUCCUUCUUCUGUCAAAUUUGAUCCUCACGGCACUACCAGUGCAAAAGCGAGGUUUGCAGAGAUCAUCAUUGAGUCUGGAUUGAAAGGGUAUGAUAGGAAUCAAGUUGAAGUCGACACCGGUUUGACCAAGAACCAACAGAUCGAAAUGCUCAAAAAGGGAAGGGGAAGUUUAUGGAAAGCAUUAUAUGGGUUCGCAUCCACGCUUUGA